AUGGUUGCUCACGGAUUGCUUGCUCGGCUUACAGCCGCAGCUCUUUGCCUCAUCGCCAUCCCAAUAACCAUCGCUGCUCCUGUCGACAAGCGAACUGGCGUUGUUCCCUCUCUGUCGGGCCCAGAAGAGGUUGUAGGAAGCGGCACAUACCCCCGUGCCAAUUACCUUUCGGACGGUUCAAUCAUCAGUGCUUAUACUGCUUUCGCAAACGGUGAUAGUAUCGUCACUAUUGCCCGCUCAACCGACAAGGGAGUUUCCUGGAACGAAAUCGGAACAGUCGCCCGAGGACCUACUGCUAUAACCGAUAUUGAUAACCCGUACAUAUACCAACUCCCAUCAGGACGUGUCCUCGUCGCCUUCAGGAACCACGAUCGCUCCAACGGCGUUUACACCUUCUUUCGUAUUACUAUCUGCUACUCUGAUGACAACGGUGCCAACUGGGCCUACCUCAGCACCCCAGCCUCGGACCCCGGCCCAACUCACGGAAACUGGGAACCUUUCCUCCGAAUGGCUGAGGAUGGCACCACAUUGCAACUCUACUACUCUCGCGAAAACUCUGGAGCCGACCAGGACAGUUUGAUGCGUACUUCCACAAAUGGCGGUAUUACCUGGACUUCUGCCACAGUCAUCUCCGGUGCUGAUUCCAACAACGCACGUGAUGGUAUGCUCGGUGUCACUCGAGUCUCCGGCUCCAACCUCAUCGCAGUCUUUGAGUCCGAGACCAACGGCGGUAAAUUCUCUAUUCACUCCAUCACCAGCUCUGACGACGGCGCCACCUGGGGUAACCGCCAAACCGUUUAUGCUCCUGCUGGCUCCAAUGCGCAGGCUCCUCAGGUCAUCAAGGUCGGUGGAACCCUCGUUGCUAGCUUCCAGACCGAUGAGGAUGGUGGUUCCGGUGAGGCUAUCAAGAUCUUGACCAGCGGUAAUGGUGGUGUUACUUGGGGGAAUAAGUUGACUACUUUCCCUGCUGCAAGCAACUGGGCUGGUUUGUUGGCUCUCAACGACGGUGUCAGCUUCUUGAGUUUGGCUGAUCACGCUGGUGCCAAGUCCCAGAAGAUUACUCUUUAUUAA